AUGAGCACGAGGCAGAAUACUUUGAAUAUGAAGAACUCGUUGUCCUCAAUGAACACCUUUGGCGGAGCAACUCCAGUUGCGGGUUCUGCUAGGCCAUCGAGGCCCUGUGCUAACUGUACCUGUUCGCCAGGGCUACUUUCUAGGCAAAAUCGCAGGUCGUCCCUGCUUUUGAGGCAAGUUUCGAGCUCAAGGAAAAGGCCCAUAUUGAGGACCAGCGUGGCAACCGGCGGCUCGGGUGAAUCCAUAUAUUCCUCGGACACGAUAUGCCAAGUCAAAAAUGUAAAUACAUCUGAAAGGCUGCUGCAUCUGAGAAGAAAAAUGAGCGAGAAGGAAAUUUGCUGUUAUGUUGUGCCGAGCGAGGACGAACACCAGUCCGAGUACGUGUCUCAGGCUGACCAAAGGAGGUCAUUUAUAUCUGGUUUCACAGGAUCGGCGGGCGUUGCGUGUAUCACCAGGGACCUACUAAACUUCAACAACGAUAAGCCUGAAGGUAAAUCCAUUUUGAGCACCGAUGGGCGCUACUUCAACCAGGCCACUCAGGAACUUGAUUUUAACUGGACGCUCUUGAGGCAAGGUGAAGACAAGAUGACAUGGCCCGAAUGGUGUGUUUAUGAAGCCAAAGAGAUGUCUCUUGCGCUUGGUGGCAAAGAGGCCCGUAUAGGAAUUGACCCUAAACUGAUAAGCUACGACCAGGUUAUUCGCUUUCAAAAAUUGAUAAAGGACAAAACGGACGGGUCUAAAGCUAAGGUUAGCUUAGUCCCCGUUGUUGAAAAUCUCAUAGAUGCUAUCUGGAGCAGAUUCGAACCUCUUCCUGUUAGGGACGCGAACGAUUUAUUGCUGCUCAAUUCACAUUUCACUGGCGAAACUUUCAAAGAAAAAAGAGAGCGGUUGAUGAAUUACUUGAAUGAGAAAACUCCAGGGUGCUCCACGUUUUGCAUCGCUGCCCUGGAUGAGAUUUCUUGGCUGCUCAAUUUAAGAGGUUCGGACAUUGAGUACAAUCCUGUUUUCUACGCCUACCUCCUUGUGCACAACGAGGAGACAAUUCUUUUCACUGAUGACCCAUAUGACGACAAAAUUAAAGGUUAUUUCGAAGACAAUAAUAUAGCUGUCAAAGCAUAUGAAGAUGUUUGGUCUUUCCUUUGUUCAACCGCCACGAAGACCAAAAGCUCCAACGAUGUCAUGGCUAUUGCUUCGGGCUCAUCAUGGGAGAUAGUGCGUAGCCUGGGAAACGCACCCUACAAGCAAAUUCAAUCGCCAUUAGAGCUUUUGAAAGCUGUAAAAAACGAUGUUGAGAUUUCAAACGCCCGUGCUGCUCAGGUCAAGGAUGCAGUAUGCUUGGUUCAGUAUUUUGCUUGGUUAGAGGAGCAGUUAAUCUCUAAAGAAGCACUGAUUGAUGAGUACAAGGCAGCCUGUAAGCUGGUGGAGAUACGCAAAACUCAAAAAAACUUCAUGGGCAAUUCUUUUGAGACGAUAUCCUCAACAGGGCCUAAUGCUGCUAUAAUCCACUAUGCGCCUCCAGCAGAAAAUUCGGCUAUGAUAGACCCUUGCCGUAUUUAUCUUUGCGAUAGCGGCUCGCAAUUUUUGGAGGGAACAACCGACAUUACGAGAACUUUACACUUCACUAAACCUUCUGACGAAGAGGUCAGGAACUAUACACUAGUUCUUAAGGGCAACUUAGCCCUCGAGAGGCUGGUUAUCCCACAAGGCACUUCAGGCUACAAUAUAGACGUGAUUGCAAGGCAGUUUCUGUGGCAGCACGGGCUAGACUACAGGCACGGGACAGGGCACGGAGUGGGCUCAUACUUGAAUGUUCAUGAGGGCCCCAUUGGGAUUGGCUUCAGGCCUCACCUCGGGAACUUCGCCCUGGAAAAGGGUAAUAUAAUAACUAACGAACCCGGUUUCUAUAAGGACGGCGAAUAUGGAAUUCGGAUAGAGAAUGACAUGCUGGUUCAAAAAGCUGAAGGGCUCAAGUUUGGGGAACACGAGUUUUUGAAGUUUGAGAACAUCACCUUGGUGCCAUACUGCAGAAAACUCAUCGACAGGAAACUCUUAACCCACGAGGAAAAGGCGCAAAUCAACAGCUACUAUAAACGCAUAUGGCACACCGUUGUGCCUUUCAUCCAACCUCAAAGUAUUUCUUAUAAAUGGCUCAAGCGUGAGACUGCUCCUUUGUAG